GAAAUGGAAAAUUUUCAUUUAUUUGAUAAAGACUUGCCAAUAGGAGAAAGUUUAUUUUUAAAAUCGUAUAUGUCUGAUGUCAAAUUUGAGGUGGAGGAAAAAAUAAUCCACGCGCAUUCAUUUAUUCUAUCAUUUAAAAGUCAAAUGUUUUAUACCAUGUUCCAUGGCAGUUUGAAGUUGAAAGAUAAUUGUGUAAAGGUUGAAGAUCUAAGGAAAUGUGUUUUUGAAAUAAUCCUGAAAUAUAUAUAUACCAAUAAAGUUUGUAAUAUUAAUUCUAUCGACAUUGACUCACUGUUAGAACUCUUGUAUGGUGCAAAAAAAUAUAUGCUUAAGAAUUUGAUCUAUAUGUGCAUUAAAGAAAUAAAUGAAUCUAGGUCUUAUUAUAGAGUAGAUUGUGAAAUUGCGUUAAAAGUAUAUUUAGCAACAGCUAUAUACCCAGAAAUCAAUGCUUCUAGUUAUUUCUCUAUUCUUUUGAAUAAUGAAAGAUUUGUAUUUGAUUCGGAUGCUUUCCUUAACGCUCCUAUCCAUUUAAUACAAAAAUUUAUCACAUCCUUACCUAAUGGAAGAUCGACAUCAAAACUCCUAAUGUCCGAAUUUUUUAUUAAAUGGGUAAAAAAUGAAUGCCGCAAAUGCCAGAUUCCUGAUGAUUCAAAGAACGUUUUAUGUAAACUAUCCGAUAAAAAUUCCGAUUUUAUUUCCUCCAUUUUGGAUUACGAUCGAGUAGACGUGAUUCAAUUGGUUCGUAAGCACAAAUUAUUAGAGGACACCGAGAUACUCGACAUUUUGUUAAAAAAAAUUCCGAUCCCCCAAGAAACAUCCUUUAAGCUACGGGACGGAAGAGAAAAGCCUAAUGAUUUCCUGAUCUUAGCCUUUAGCUUGCUCGUAAUGUAUUUAUUCUAUGUUUACGUGUGGCACAAAGAUAAAAAUGUUCAAGCAUACGAAAAGCUAAUCAUUCAUUGUAUGAAAAGCGCUAAAAAAUUAUUUUUUAAAAAAAAAGAUUACCCUAAUUGAAACUGUACCACUGGAAUAAAAUUCAAGUCAAAAAUGAUUAUCAAGUUAUAAAUGAUUAUGAA